CCGCCCGCCAUAUUUGCCCGAAAAGGGCCUGCGAAGGAGAUAGGAAAAAGAUGCAAGAUGCAAAUAAUCAAAAUUCUAAACAAAGCUACGCACCUUGGAAGAAAACAGAUAGAAAACAGGUGAAAGACUAGGUGAACUGGUGAAAAACAGGCUGAACGAUUGACAUUAUUUCAUUAUGAGUUACUUCGGGCCAGCAGGUUACGAAGAUGACUGGGAUGAUGAUCAAUUUGACUUCGGUGAUCAUUACGAUCCGGAAUAUUCUGCACAUAAUUCCUAUCCCGCAACCAAAUUUAGCGAGAGUACAACAAAUGUGAAAUCACAACAGAAGAAUGAUGCCGCACAAAACCCAUCGCUUAAAACCUCGCGAUUCAACGGCGGUUUUGGAUCACCAUCAGAUUUGAAAUCAACAGUUAAUAUGGGAACUGCAGGUCGAGGGCGGGGAAAAGGAGGUUUUUCCGAAACCAAAUCACAAAACAAUGGUAAAACAAACAGUUCUGAGGUUAAAAAAAGUAAAGGACAGGGAAACUUUCUAUUUUUGCGGGCAAAGGACAAAGCGAAAAAGAAUUCUGAUGAAAAGAACUCUCAAAUUGCUGAAGAUUUCCGAGCUGCCAUUGUCAAUGGGGAUCUUGGUGUGAUUCACAAUAUCUUGGAUAAAGGAAUUUCAGUAGAUUGUAUUUUAAAAUCUGGUUGGACUGGACUGAUGCAUGCAGCAAGCUGUGGCCUGCCUGAAAUGGUCACAGUUCUGACUGAACGUGGUGCGAAUGUAAACUUUCAAAAAGAUAUGUUUUCAGUAGUGAUGGCUGCAUGCUCUUCAGACAGUGAUGCAGAAGACGGAGUAGCAGAAUGUUUAAGCAUUUUGAUAGAAAAGGGAGCUAAGAUAAAUUCUCAUGACAGGUAUCAUAUGACACCACUGAUGUAUGCUUGUCGAAAUGGUCGGCAGAAAAUCGUGGAAAUUUUAUUGCGUCAUAAACCCGACGUGAAUAAGCAAGAUCAGAGAGGCUGGACGGCUCUUGGAUGGGCGGCUAGUCGUGGCAAAGGUAGGAUAGUGCGAAUGUUAUUGGACGAAAAUGCAAGUCCUCGAUUAUACACGAACGAUGGACAGUCCGCUGAAGACUUGGCGUAUGAUGGAGGCUUUACGGUCGUCGCAGAUGUUCUCAAUAGCAUUGUAAAUCCAGGAAGACGCAUAGAGCAAGCAUUACAAAACAAUACAGGAUCUGAGAUAAGACACGGCGAGAAAAGUGACUGCGUACGAUAUGGGGAUUUAGAGCUUUUUUUAUUUGGACUGGAACUAGGCCACCUUGUUCCCCUAUUCCAGGAUCACAAAAUAACUUUUGAUGGCUUUCUGCAAUUAACAGAUGCGGAACUUCAGCAGAUUGGCAUUAGUCAAAUCGGUAUUCGUAAGAAGAUUUUAACAGCUACGCACGAUGUACAUACGAAAGAGUGGGAUUUAUCUAGUCUUCCAUCUGAGGCGACCAAUCAGAUAACGAGCGACGAUUUAAAGCUUGUUCUAGCUAAUGUAGAAAAACAUCUUCAAUAUAUCAAAUGCAGUAUUGGAUACGUUACCAAGUCUUUGGUUGGAGCAGCUGGUCCAACCACCAUCAUACAGGAUACCGAGCAUUGCCGGCAGUUUUUGGCCAGAACUGAGGAUGUAUUAACCGAAGUGAAUGGAAUAUCUGACGAAAUAUUACGAUUACAGUGUUCUGUUGAAGAGAUAUCUUCAGGCGUGCCAAAUGUCGCAGCUGAUCUUAUAUCUAAAAACUUAGACAAGGACAGAAAACAAAACAAUUUGACAAACAUUCAUAUUUUGAUUGUUGCCGGUUGUUUAGGACUUGGCUUGACUGCUGCAUUGAUACUCAAUGGUACCUCGAGAACCUAAAACCCUUUUUAUUUAAGUAGCAUGCAUGAUGCACUUUAGUUUAGCUGCACAAAGUUAUGUUGUAAA